GACCGCCCCACCCAACCCCACAGCGAGGCUGACACAUCCAACAUGGCGGAAUCUAUUCAUGUUGCGACGUGAAGCCGCACUUUCGGAAGUUUUCCGUUAUGUUCAGACGUAUUUAGGCGAUUUGGCGGGCAGAUAAAAGAUCCUAAGCAUGUCCGGAGGAUUCAAGUCUUACGUCAACAUGAACGAAGUGGAGAAAGCGGAGCCAGAAGUCCAGAAAAAGGACGUGAAGAAAAUUGCCAGCGAAGUCUUUGGUGGUCCUCUGGAACCAAAGCUCCUUCCAGGGGAACUGGUGAUAGCUGAAGGCCACAACGUUCUGAAGUUUGACUCGACCGAUGACUUCAACCAUGGCAUUUCUGGGGCCCUCUUCUGUACAAACUUCAAGAUUAGUUUUGUGACAGCUAACAGGUCUUCCUACGACUUGUGUGGAAUGGCAAGAAGAAGCGACUGCCAGCUGGUAGCAACAUACAAGGCAGGGUCGGGAUAUUAGAGAUUCACUGUAAGGACUUCAGGAUACUUCCCUUCAGUUUCAAGUUUACUCCCAAGGAGGCUGAGAGAAAUGUAGUGAAUGCCAUCCUGCACCACGCCUUCCCCACCUCCCUGGACCUGCUGUUUGCUUUUGAGUACAACCCUGGGAAGAACCUCAGGAUAGGUAUUGCAGACACCCCUGAGUUCCGAGCAGUGAAGGACUGGGAGAGGGAGCUGUCCAGAGUCAACCUCUCUGGCUGGAGGGUCAGCUUUGCCAACACCAACUUCAAGAUGUCAGACACGUUACCAGAACAGUUCAUCGUGCCUUCUUCCCUGUCUGACCACGACCUCAGCAACUCCAGCCCGCACUUUGUGGAUGGCAGAGUUCCUGUAAGUUCUGUCAGUCCUUGUGGAGUUGGAGCCAUCAGAAUGGGAGUGCCCUGGUUCAGGAUGGUGGAACUGAGAUCAGACACAACACAAACACAGUAUCUGGAAAGGCACUGCCUACCAUCCACUCAGGUGGUGCCACUGAUGCCUGUUGUGACUAUUUCUCAACUUGCUUGUAGGGGAGUUUUAGACAGCAUGUUGCGGGCGAUAGAGAGUACCCACCCCGAGAGGACCAAGGCUUCCAUCAUCGACCUGGGCAGAUUAUGUCCCUCGCCUAAGUACAUUCAGCAGGCUUACUACAAACUACGGGACCUGUGUAUGCCAGCUGGAGCUGAAGACUUCUGGGCUGCUGACCAGAAGUGGUAUAGUCUACUGGAUGGGACCAAAUGGUUACAAUGUGUCAGUGCCUGUCUGUCGGUGUCGUCUGCUGUGGCUGAGAGGAUAGCAGGCAGUAGACAGACCGUGGUGCUUAGAGAGUACGAUGGGCGUGACCUGUCGUGUGUGGUGGCCAGCCUUGUGCAGGUGAUUCUGGACUGUCACACUCGCACGUUGGUGGGGUUCCAGGCCCUGGUGCAGAGGGAGUGGGUGGUGAGCGGACAUCGCUUCACUGACAGGCUGCACCACGUACACACCAUGGACAGGGAGAGCAAGGAGUCGCCAGUGUUCCUGUUGUUCCUGGACUGUGUAUGGCAGCUGCUGCAGCAGUUCCCAUCAUGCUUUGAGUUCACGGAGACGUACCUGACCACCCUGUGGGACAGCGCCCGGGUGCCGCUGUUUGCAACCUUCCUCUUCAACAGUGAAAGGGACAGAUAUGUGGCCUGCAUGGAUGCCAAGCGAGACAAGAAUGACAACACGUCACCAACGCUGAUGCCUGUGUGGGACUGGUCCCUCCAGUUCUCUGACCAGGACCGCCUGCUCUUCAACAACCCCCUGUACGGCGGCAAGCUGGCGGAGUACUUUCCCGAACACCCCUCCAACGGCCCCACAGUGGUACCUCCCAACCCCACCAACACGCUGGGAAGCUUCAAGUCCAGGAACAAGUGGAAGAGCAAGAAGAAGAAGCAAGCCAGCGCGUCUGCGCAGGUGUCAUUCGUAGCGCCUUCCACGCCAAGUUUCAACGGACCGCUGUUUCCGAUUAACAUCGGAGCAGGACUGAAGUUAUGGACCCAGUGUUACAUGAGGUGGAUACCGUGGGCCCACACCGUCGGCGGUGGCCCUCCCUCAGAGUACUUCCACCAGUGUCUGCUCGUGGACGAACUGCACAUCCUAAACAUGAAGAUCCACAGUCUGGAGAUGUCCAAACCUGACCAACACAACACCAGUCAGGAGAGUGGAAUGUUCUUCACGUUCGAGAGCCCCCGAGGGUUUGAUGCAAAUGACUCUCUGACGUCAGCGUUUCCCUACUCCCCUAUAGGAAGCAUGGACAGGAAGUCCAUAGUGGGGACCCCUCUCUUCUCCUUCCUGCGUAGGAUGUCUGUCUCAAGUUACAACGGAGCAGCAGCGAACGGGGACGACUGAGGAAGUGUUUCCUGUGCCCAUUACUUUAUUAUUACU